GCCCAUAUCAAAUUGCAUUAUAUUCUGCAAACACUUGUACUGAAGCAUAAUAGACCCACAUUACAAACACCCCCUGAUUUCAAAUUUUCAUUCUAUACGCAAUUUCUGUCUGAAGAAACAAUCGAGAAAGCAAGGCAGAGAGGGAGAGAGAGGGAGAGAGAGACAGAGAGAGAGAGUGAGAAAGAAAGAGAGUGAGAGAGAGUGAGAGAGAGAGAGAGGGGGGAGGGAGAGAGAUGGAGAGCAGUGAAGAAGAAGAUGAUUUCCCAACAAUUGAAUCUGUCACCCCACAAUCUAAAAUUGAUUCUUCGUAUCAAUCCAAGUUCGAAAAGGGCAUCAGAAAGAUAUGUUUUGAGCUUCUGGAUUUAAAGGAUGCAGUAGAGAACUUAUGUGGGAACACUCGUGCAAAGCAUAUGGCUUUCUUGAGGUUAUCAGAAGAGGUUGUAGAGAUGGAACAUGAAUUAAAUGAACUUCGGAAGCAAAUUUCUGGACAAGGAAUCCUUGUGCAGGAUUUGAUGAGUGGUGUAUGCCGGGAACUGGAAGAAUGGACGAGUGCUAAUGGAGGCUUUAUUGAAGCUGAUCAGAAAUCUCAAAAAGUUGAUAUGAAGAAUCCCUUACAAAGUGAAGAGGAAGAUCACAGGUCAAAUGUUUUAGAGAAUAUUGAUGUUCUUCUGGUUGAGCACAGAGUAGAAGCAGCAAUAGAGCUGAUUUGUGCAGAAGAGAAAAGUAACCCCCAGCUAAAAGGCAUUGGUGAUCCUUCUUCUACUGAAACUUCAUCUUUCAAGUCUGUCUUUCUGAAAAGAAAAUCAAUGCUUGAAAAUCAGCUAGUUGAGAUCGCGGAACAGCCAUCAGCGGGUUCCACUGAACUAAAGGAGGUUUUGUCUGGUUUGGUAAAGCUCGGAAAAGGUCCAUUGGCUCAUCAGCUACUGCUAAAAGCAUAUGCAUCACGCCUUCAAAGAAGCAUAGAAAAUUUUAUUCCCCUUUGCCCAUGUUACCCUGGAACAUAUCCAGCUACGCUGUCUAAUCUUUUAUUCUCUGCAAUUUCUAUGACAGCAAGGGAUGCUGUUCAGAUGUUUGGUGAUAAUCCCCUUCACAGCAGUAGAAUUGUUCAAUGGGCAGAAUGUGAGGUUGAAACUUAUAUACGAUUAGUCAAGGAAAAUGCACCCUCUUCCGAAACAGUACUUGCUUUACGUGUUGCUAGCAUUUGUGUUCAGGCUAGUCUUAACCACUGUUCUGCAUUAGAGUCUCAAGGCAUAAAACUCUCAGAAUUGUUACUGGUGCUUUUGCGGCCAUACAUAGAAGAGGUUUUGGAGUUAAAUUUUCGACGGGCUCGAAAGGUGGUUCUUGACCUGGCAGGAAAUGAUGAGAGCUUGCCGUUGUCACCUCGUUUGGCAUCUCCACUGUCUAUAUUUUCAGCAUCAUCUAAUAAUGUGAUUGUUGACAGUGGAAUGAGGUUCAUUUUCAAUGUCAAAGAUAUAGUAGAGCAGCUAACCCGCCUAACCAUUGUACACUUUGGAGGCAGUACUUUGAUUAGAAUUUCACAGCUAUUUGAUAAUUAUGUUGAUGCUCUCAUCAAAGCCUUACCUAGUCCUUCGGAAGAUGAUAGUCUAACGGAGCUGAAAGAGGCUAUACCUUAUAGAGCUGAAACAGAUUCCCAGCAGCUUGCACUAUUAGGAACUGCAUUUACAGUUGCAGAUGAGCUACUGCCGAUGGUUGUUUCAAGAAUUUGGAGUGUAUUGAAUGAACUCAUGGAAGCUGAAAGUGCUCUUAAUAAAACAACUCCCUCUCCUAGUAGUAACAUAGAUUUUAAGGAAUGGAGACGCCACAUUCAACGUUCACUGGAUAAGCUGAGAGAUCAUUUUUGUCGGCAGUAUGUUUUGAACUUUAUAUAUUCUAGAGAUGGUGAAGCCCGACUAGAUGCAGAAAUUUAUCUAAAUGGAGAAGGAGAUGACCUUGUCUGGGAUUCUGACCCUCUUCCUUCGUUACCAUUCCAGGCGUUAUUUGGAAAGCUGCAACAGCUAGCAACUGUAGCUGGAGAUGUCUUACUCGGGAAGGAAAAGAUACAAAAGGUUUUGCUUGCUAGGCUUACGGAGACUGUGGUCAUUUGGUUGUCUGAUGAAAACGAGUUUUGGGGUGUUUUAGAAGACAAGUCAGCUCGUCUGCAGUCAAUAGGGUUGCAGCAGUUAAUUCUUGACAUGCAUUUUACUGUUGAGAUUGCACGUUUUGCUGGUUAUCCAUCCAGACAUGUGCAGCAGAUAGCAUCGUCAAUAAUUACGCGUGCAAUUAAGACAUUCUCGGCUAGAGGCAUAGAACCACAAAGUGCAUUACCGGAGGAUGAAUGGUUUGUUGAAGCUGCAAAGGCUGCAAUAAACAAACUUCUAUUAGGUGCAUCUGGAUCAGAUACAUCAGAAAUUGAUGAAGAGCAUAUUCUAAUAGACGACGAGGAGGUCUCUACAGACUCAGACAACUCCCCUUCUUCUCUGUCAUCUGUAGAUAGUUUUGACUCUUUUGCCUCAGCAACUGCAGCUGAUCUGGAAAGCCCCAUUUAUUUGACAGACUCCGAGGGUUGAAUAUUAGAAGAUAAUAUAUUUACAUCUGGGUAGGGACCCUGAGGAAGAUUUAUGUAAAUCUUAAUUUAGGUAAGCUAUUGAUCAAUUUUUGUAGGAGUUCACUUACAUAUGUACUGUUGUAUCAAUUUGUUGUUUAGACUUGUCUACAUAAAAUAGAUUCAUGA